GAGGCCAGCGAGGUCUCCUUCAAUGCCGCCAUGUGCUUCUCCCCGUGGGCUCAAGCGCUUCAGCUGCUGCGAAAUCUGGAGGGUCUCAAGCCUACGGAUGCCAUUGGCUCCAACGCCGCGGCCAGCUGCAUGGAGCACUGGGUUUGGGCCCUGCAGCUGCUGAAGCGCCUAGGCCUCCGGCAACUGGAAGCCACGACGAUCAGCUUCAACAGCACCAUCUCUGCGGGCGCCCGCACGACCUCGUGGCAUCAAACACUCCAGCUGUGGAAUUCCAUGGGAGCCCAAGAGGACAUCAUCAGCCGCAAUGGGCUCAUCACCGCGGUCGCCUCGACCGCGCGGAUGGGCGCCACGUCCCGAUGGCCUGAAGCCUUACACCUGUGUAGCGCAAGCAGUGCGAAGAGGUUGCAGCCCAGUCUCAUCACUUACAAUGCCACCAUCAAUGUCUGUGAGAAGGCGGAGGUUUGGCCGUGGGUCCUGGAGCUGCUCCGCAUGCUGGGUCCAAGCCUUGACCUCUUUAGCAACAAUGGAGCGCUCAAGGCAUGCGCUUGGGAUUUGUCCCUCGUUUUGCUGCAUCACAUGGGCCACCUGAGCUUGGAGCCGGACCAGGUGAGUCUCUCUGCUUCCAUGGGCUUCCGCUGGCGCCAUUCUGUGGCCCUGCUGCGUGCAGAGUGCCUGCCGGUGCCGAACGAGGUGAGCAUGGGUGCAGCCCUCAACGCAUGUGAGAAGAGCACCCAGUGGCUGAAGGCUAUAGUGUUGCUAGGGCUGAUGCCAACAUCACAGCUAAAGGCCAACUCCACCAUCUACAACACCACCAUCAGUGCCUGUGAAAAAGGCUUCACUUGGGCACAGGCCUUCGCUACCCUUCAACAGAUGAUGAGAAGCAGAGUCCAACGCACCGAGACCACCAUCAAUGCCUUAGUGAGUGCCUGUGAGAAGUGUUCCACCUGGCUUUGGGCCCUCCACCUCCUCGCCCCAUCGACCGUGCGGGGUCCCCCGCGCGCGGGGUCGCCGAUGGGACUCAACGCCGCCAUGGCUGCCGGGCACAAAGGACAUUGCUCUUGGCGGAGAAUCCUGAGACUCCUGGCAGACACCGGUGAACUCCGCACCGCGGUCUCCUUCGACUCAGCCCUGGCUGCCUUGAGCUGGGAGUGGACCCAAGGGCUCCACCUGCUGCGGCAAAUGCAGUGCGAAGUGGGAUGCACCGGAUUCAGCUACGAGCUCCUGAUGAACGCCUUGGACUCCGCGCCCAGACACGUGCUCUUGGCCCACGAGCUCCUCACCGAGGACGAAGGGGUCCGAAAAGGGGUGCGGAUGGGGCAGACGCGGACCGUUUUGGUUGGCGCGAAGGAGUUUUCACCCUGGGCCAUGAGGGUGGAAUGUCAUUUCGUGUUGAACCUGGGGCUCAGGUGUCGUUCACCGUUGGUUUGAAGCGUUGCUGCAUUUCCCCAUUUUGGG